AGGGAAAUUAAAUCGUAGAAGCGAGCAGUCAGUAGUUCUUGAACCAUUGUGCGCGAUGGUCGAAGUACUGAAGUAUUACAGUUUCCCUAGAAUUCUCUUAACAAUGUUAGGACUUUGGCCGUAUCAAAACACGAGAUUUACCAUUUUGAAAAACAGCUUCAUCAGUUUCAGUUUUUUUAUUUUUAUCGUGGCACAGUGUGUGGUCUUCAAAACUAGGAAAUUUAUGCUAAAGUACGUUUCGUUCGUGCUCAUGAGCUUGGGCUCUUUUGCAAGGUACAAUAUAAAUUGGUAUCAACUUCCUACAGCGAAAAAAUUUAUGGACAAAAUAAAACGCGACAUGGAAAUGGAACACGGCGAGGCACUUCAGAUUAUGAAGAAACAUGCUUACAUGGCGAAAGUCUACGGUAUACGAUUCGGAUGUAAGCAACAUCUUUGGAAAAACACUACACUAAUCGUUCUACUUUAUUACUCGUCAAUCCAUAUUUAUGAGAGAAUUGUGCCGACGAACGGAACUCGUCUGAAGAAAUUUCCUAUAAGUACGGAUUACCUGAUACUUGAAGAGAAGUAUCAUUUGCUCACGUUUCUGCAUAUGAACUUUUCGAUGAUAAUU